GCGGCCAUGGGCAAGCAGAACAGCAAGCUGCGGCCCGAGAUGUUGCAGGACCUGCGGGAGAACACGGAGUUCUCAGAGCUGGAGCUGCAGGAGUGGUACAAGGGCUUCCUCAAGGACUGCCCCACAGGAAUCCUCAACGUGGACGAGUUCAAGAAGAUCUACGCCAACUUCUUUCCCUAUGGUGACGCCUCCAAGUUUGCCGAGCACGUCUUCCGCACCUUUGACACCAACAGCGAUGGCACCAUAGACUUUCGGGAGUUCAUCAUUGCGCUGAGCGUGACCUCACGCGGCCGCCUGGAGCAGAAGCUCAUGUGGGCCUUCAGCAUGUAUGACCUGGACGGCAAUGGCUACAUCAGCCGGGAGGAGAUGCUGGAGAUCGUGCAGGCCAUUUACAAGAUGGUUUCGUCCGUGAUGAAGAUGCCGGAGGACGAGUCGACCCCGGAAAAGAGGACUGAGAAAAUCUUCCGCCAAAUGGACACAAACAACGACGGCAAGCUGUCCCUGGAGGAGUUCAUCCGCGGAGCCAAAAGCGACCCGUCCAUCGUGCGCCUGCUGCAGUGCGACCCCAGCAGCGCCUCCCAGUUCUGAGAGGAGCCAGUUCCCCCUUCCUCCCUCCCUUCACCGUCUCCCUCCCGGCUCUUAGCUUCCUCUCCCUUGUGUGUAUUCUGGCUGGGGGCCAGAUUGGGGAAGCCCUUCUCCCCGGGUCUGCUCUGUGGGGGGCUUCCGGAAAAGGGAACCCUGCGGUACCCCCAGGCCAAAGCAAGUAAGCAGUUAGCACCCCCCAAUCCCAGAGGCAACAAUAGAGACACAGGCUGGGUUGGUCUGCCCCUCAGUCAGGUCCCCUUACCCACCCACCAGCCCCGAGGCCAGACACCUCUCCCAAAGGGGCAGUCUCCCCGUCUUGCAGAUCUCAGCUUGGGGGGUGGGGGGAGUCAUGCCCAGGGGAGGAGCCUUUUUAUCUGGAGGGGAGAGAAGGAUUCUAGGGGUGUGGAGUUGGAGAAAGAGGGUUCCUUGAGCCACCCUUCCCACCCUAGCCCUUGCUGGUCCCCAGGCCAAGCCACCAAGUGAAACCUUCCAGGAUACUAGCCCCGCCAGCUGUGGGUCCCAGAAAGCCCGCCUGCCUUUUAGCACUUGGAUACACACAGACCCACGGAGCUCCUGUGUUUUGCCUCUCACACACAUACAGGCCCACAGACAGAUGGGCAGAUGCACCCAGAGCCCCAUGCACAGCGUCCUACGUGAGAAAGAGACACGGCCCCCUGGCUGAGCCCCUGUCCUCCCCUCUGUCCCCCCAUUCGCCCCCCCCCC